ACCGAGCGUUUUAGGUCUGCACUCUGUUCCACUGUUAUUUUGCAGGCAGCGUGUGUAUUAUCAUAGUUUUUUUACAACUUUUAACUUUUAAGGGUAUUAGGCUUUUGCACGUCCGCUGUUUUGGCACUGGGAAGCUUUUAGGAGUAAAGAUCCACUCCAUUUUGUAAACUCCAUUUCUUUUUCAUUAACCCUCUAUUUCUUUUGGACCCUCCAUUUCUUUUUAGACCCUCCCUCAAUAAAUCUCUAUUUGAAUUCUAAGUGAAAUACAUUUUUUUAUCCUACUUUAAAAUUACUUAAAAAAAUCUAAUUAAUUGACACAUCAAUGCUAUAAAAUUACAAAAAUAUAGUAGAGGAUAAGCAACAAUUAGUUGAUAUGUUCUUUCAGACAUCAUCAAUGCUAUGAAUAUUUUUUUUUUUGAAUUUGAAACACCAAAUUGCUUGAUUCCUACGAUUCCACAGAAAAACAAUGAUACAUUAUUUUUGCUUAAUAAUAAAAUACAUGAAAAAGAAAAUAAAGAGUUUGAAUAUCAUCAUCAUCCCACUGAAAAUCUGUCUAAAUGCCAUCUCAUGCACAUCAUAGCAUAUCCCCCCGUAGGCCAUAACCAAAGCAUACAUGGAAAAAGCUUCUCUCUUCCCACCUUUAAAUUCCUCACUUUACUCGGUCAUCACAAGAAGAUGAAAAAAUGAGGUACUAGAAAUGCCAUGUUUCUUAUUAUCUUAUAUACAACAAAUUUAUUCCACCUUCCAUCAAAAAUCACAUUCACAAACUUUUCUUUUCAAUUCACUUCUUACUUCUGUGAGUCAAAUACUUUUCAUUCUUCCUUUGAAACUCUGAACUUUAAAAAAAGUUAAAGCCACGUCGAGUACUUGGAGAAGAUAAGAUGGUAAUGGAUCUCUUCCAAUUUAACUAGAGGUUUUGGAUUCAAACUCAAUCAUGGACACGUAGCAGUGUUAAAUUCUUUUGAGGAAAAGUUUUAUUGUCCAUUGUAAUCCUUCCCAACUCGAGGAAUAAGUCUCUGUAAUUGCACGCUCAGGAUAUUCGGUUUCUACCGGUGAUUCAAAACUUUUUGGUUCAUAGACCAUGCUUUAUUUGGACCCACCAAUACUUUUCUACAAAGUGCAAGAAAAUGGAAAUAUCAAUGUUCAUAAGAUCCUCUUCUAAAUACUUUCCUACAUUAUACAUAUCAACCUAACAAUGCAAGCUCAAUUCAUCAUCAUCAUCCUUUCUUUGUUUCUUGUUCUUUUUGUUCCAUUCCAAGUGAUCUCACUAUACCAACCUUUCAAUGAAGAUAUGCUAGGAUUGAUAGUGUUCAAAUCAGGUCUAGAAGAUCCAAAAAACAAACUUUCUUCUUGGAAUGAAGAUGAUUAUAGUCCUUGCAAUUGGGAAGGUGUAAAAUGUGACCCUAUAACAAAUAGAGUUUCUUCUCUUGUUCUUGAUGGAUUCUCUCUUUCGGGCCAUAUCGGUAAGAGUCUUAUGAAGCUGCAGUUCCUUCAAAUUCUUUCACUUUCUAGGAACAACUUCACUGGAAAAAUAAACCAUGAUCUUCUUGUCACACUUUGGAAUCUAAAAGUUGUUGAUUUGAGUGAAAAUAGUCUCUCGGGAACUAUUCCGGACGAGCUUUUUCAACAAUGUUGGUCGUUAAGAGUCUUAUCGUUUGCGAAAAACAAUCUAACAGGUAAGAUUCCCGAGUCUUUGAGCUCGUGCUACUCGUUAGCAAGUUUGAACUUUUCGUCUAAUCAAUUGAAUGGUGAGUUACAUUCGGGAAUGUGGUUUUUGAAGGAGCUUCAAUCGCUUGAUCUCUCGAAUAAUUUUCUUAAAGGUGAAAUUCCUGAAGGAGUUCAAAAUCUAUAUGAUUUGAGAGAGUUAAGGCUAGGGCGGAAUUUUUUCACCGGUAGGAUUCCGGAGAAUAUAGGAAACUGUUUGCUCUUGAAGAUGAUCGAUUUCGGUGAUAAUCUUCUAACCGAUGAAAUUCCGGAGUCGAUACAAAGACUCACUUCAUGCACAUUGUUAAACUUGCAAGGGAAUUUUCUCAAUGGAAGCAUUCCACAUUGGAUCGGCGAAUUGAACAAUCUUGAGAUAUUGGAUCUUUCUUCUAAUAGAUUUUUGGGUUCGAUUCCGUCUGGGAUCGGAGGUCUUAGAAGUUUGCAAGUUUUGAACUUAUCUACAAACAAUAUCUUUGGUUCGAUUCCGGCGAGUAUUAAAGAGCUUAAAUCUUUGUAUGUUCUUGACUUAAGUGAUAACAAGCUGAAUGGAAGCAUUCCUCUAGAAAUAGAAGGAACAGUUUCACUUAUUGAAUUGAAGCUUCAAAGGAAUUUGUUAGGUGGAAGAAUUCCAGUUCAAAUUGCAAAAUGUUCAGCUCUAAAAUCUUUGAAUCUUGCACACAACAAUCUUAUUGGAUCAAUCCCUGCAACAAUUGCAAACCUAACAAAUCUUCAAUCUGCAGAUUUGUCAUGGAACAAACUCUCCGGAACUUUACCGAAAAAGCUCACAAAUCUUACACAUCUUUCCUCAUUCAAUGUUUCAUAUAACCAUCUUCAAGGUGAAUUACCAAUUGGUGGAUUCUUCAACACAAUCACUCCUUCAUUUGUUCAUGGAAAUCCAUUGUUGUGUGGUUCUGUUGUUAACCACUCAUGCGAUCGAUCUUAUCAUCCGAAACCUAUUGUUUUGAACCCUAAUUCAAAUUACAACAGUUCAAGAACUUCUUUACAAAACCAUCAUCAUAAGAUAAUGCUUAGUAUAUCGGUUUUUAUUGCUAUUGGUGCGGCGGUUUCUAUUGUUGUUGGUGUUGUUGCUGUUACGGUUUUGAAUAUCCAUGUUAGGUCUUCGGUUUCACAUUCUGGUUCUCCGUUUGGAUUAUCCGGUGGUGAGGAUAAUAGUUUUUUGCCAGAAAAAGAUCCAAAAUGCGGAAAAUUCGUGAUGAUUAAUGGUGAUGAUGUUGAGUUUUCCGAUGAGGUGAACAAUCUUCUUAAAGAAGGUAAUGAAAUUGGCCGCGGUGGAUUUGGAGUUGUUUAUUGUGUUGUCCUUCGAGAUCAGAAUUUUGUUGCGAUCAAGAAGCUUUUAGGUUCGAGUAUGACAAAAUCACAAGAAGAAUUUGAGCGAGAAGUUCAAAAGCUUGGUAAGAUUAGGCAUCAAAAUCUUGUGGGACUUGAAGGCUACUAUUGGAAUUCAUCUUUUCAGCUUAUAAUUUAUGAGUAUUUUUCUAGAGGGAGUUUGCAUAAGCUUCUACAUGAUGAUGAUGAUCAAAGCAAAAUUGAGUUUUCUUGGAGAGCAAGAUUCAAGGUUAUUUUAGGAAUAGCAAAAGGUUUGGCCUAUUUACAUCAAAUGAACAUAAUCCAUUAUAACCUAAAAUCUACUAAUGUUUUUAUCGAUAUUUGUGACGAACCGAAAAUCGGAGACUUCAGUUUGGUGAAUCUAUUACCAAUUCUCGACCAUUGUGUUUUGAGCAGCAAAAUUCAAAGUGCGCUAGGGUACACGGCCCCUGAGUUUGCGUGUCGCACGGUUAACAUAACGGAAAAGUGCGACGUAUAUGGUUUUGGAAUUUUGGUUCUAGAAAUCGUGAGUGGAAAAAGACCUGUGGAAUAUAUGGAGGACGACGUCGUUGUUCUAUGUGAUAUGGUGAGAAGUUCGUUGGAAGAUGGGAAAGUUGAACAAUGUAUCGAUGAGAAACUUGUUGGUUACUUUUCGCCCGAGGAGGCGAUUCCUGUGAUUAAAUUGGGAUUGGUUUGUGCGUCGCAAGUGCCUUCAAGUCGUCCUGAUAUGGCUAAUGUUGUUAACAUAUUAGAGACGAUACAAUGUUCUUCAGAAGGACAACAAGAGGAAAUACAGUGAACUUUGAAGUAUAGAAAUACAACAUGUAUUGCAAUAUUUUGUGAAGUAAAGUUCAGUUUGCUUGCUUUUGAAGUUAUAUAUAAAAAAAAAAAUAGA